AUGCCUGGGCUGGUCGACAUGCAAGGAGCUCCGCCGCCCUCGGGGCUUGGCUACUCAGUCAGCCAUCAGAAGGUCGAGCUCGAUAUCGACUUCACCAGCCGGAGCAUAAAAGGGAAAACAGAAAUCACCAUACACCCGGAUUACAAAGACCUGAAGCUUGUCCGUUUGAAUUUCCGGCAGGGCCAGCUGAAACGCAUCACCGUGGGCGGGAAGACAGCUACGUCGAAAUACAUCGACCCUUACGAGGCACUGCAGCUCUAUGGUGUCCAGUACCACCGCAAGCUCUCCAUGAAGCUUGAUGCCCUGUCGAAAACACCCCCCGAGCCAGAGCUGGUGAUCACAAUCCCGAAAUCCGUUCGCAUAGAGGAGCUAGACCCCUUUUCGGUUGAGGCGCAGACACAGCUAUCACUAAGGGCCACUUCAGGCGGCACCAACGGUACCGGCGGUGCGGACGAUACUGUGGAUGGAAAUCGUGCGGCCGAAGCUUCUCUUCCAAGGUUUACAGCAAUAACUAUACUCAUCGAAUUUACAAUCGAAAAGCCAAGGGAUGGGAUCCAAUUUGUUGGACUCGAGAGCCGUGAUUUGCGAUACCCUCAUGCAUUCACUACCAACUCUUCUGAUACUGGAGAGUUCUGUUGCUUGUUUCCAUGUGUGGAUGACAUGUCUUCCCGAUGUACAUGGGAUAUAUCGAUUAGAUGCCCACGGACUCUAGGGGAUGUGUUUUCCAAAUCGCCUGAUAAUGGCGUCGUUAAUGGAACCAGCAGCCGAACAAAUAGCUCGAGGAAGACUGGACUUUCUGCCGAGGAUGCAGCGUUGGAUAUGGUUGUUGCAUGCUCAGGAGAUUUGACAGAUGAUAUACUCGACCCCAAGGACCAAACCAAAAAGACCGUAUCUUUCUCCUGUAAUACACCACUUUCCGCUCCGCAGAUUGGAUUUGCACUUGGACCAUUUGAAUAUGUCAAUUUGUCCCAGUUCCGUGAAAGUGAUGAAGAUGACCAGCUUGGCGCCAAUGCAGUUCCUGUCCACGCUUUUUGUCUCCCUGGAAGGGCAGACGAAGUGAGAAACACAUGUUUGCCGAUGGCGAAAGCAGUUGACUUUAUAUCCCUGACUUACGGUUCAUACCCUUUUGCUAGUUUUAAACUAUGUUUUGUUGACGACCUUCGAGCGGACACACUACCUGCUGCAGGCUUCACCCUAUGUAGUGAUCGAAUACUUUUUCCAGAGAACAUUAUUGACAUGAUGUAUGAUUCGACAAGAUGCAUAGUGCAUUCAUUAGCAUACCAAUGGGUUGGAAUCAACAUCAUUCCAAAGGAUCCUACCGACACCUGGGUGAUCACAGGUAUAUCUUACUACAUCACGGACACAUUUAUGAAAAAGAUCGGCGGAAACAAUGAGUACCGAUACCGGCAGAAACUGCUAGCAGAUCGAGUGGUUGAAUUAGACGUGUUACGCCCGUCUCUCUGGGACAUGGGAGCCAUUCUCAAAAUUGACCCCUCCGAGAUGGAGUUUAUCACUUUAAAAGCACCACUUGUCCUGUAUAUCCUUGAACGCCGACUAUCCAAGGCAAGUGGCAAGGCUACUAUCUCUCGCAUCAUUUCUCGAAUCUUUCUAAACGCACGAAUGGAUGGCGCUUUCUUCAGCCAAUGGGUUUACGGUGCCGGCUGCCCGCGAUUUACUGCUAGCCAAAGGUUCAACAAGAAGAAGCUUGUUGUUGAGAUGAUGAUUUCUCAGGUUCAGAGUGAACAGACAACCGCCCGUGACCUCGAACGAUCUACUUUCAUGAGAGACGUGAAGGAAGAGAUACGCAGUGUCUAUGCUGGCACAGUUCAAAAUGUGUUUACGGGCUCAAUGACCAUUCAAAUUCACGAAGCAGACGGAACACCUUAUGAACACAUAGUUGAAAUCAAGGAGGCCAUCACGAAGUUUGAUAUCCCUUACAAUACCAAAUAUAAACGUCUCAAACGUAAUAGGCGACAAAAGGAACGAGCUGCAGCCAUGUCCGGUAUUGAUCCUAACAGUGAGACUCAAGACGACGUGCUGCUUUAUUGCCUGGGAGACGUGCUCCAGUCAGAUGAAGACAUGGAAAAAUGGAGGAUUGUCGAAUGGACCAAGGAAGAUGAGAGCCGCAUGGGACAAGAAUCCUACGAGUGGAUUAGAAUGGAUGCCGACUUUGAGUGGAUAUGUAAAAUGUCACUCGGUAUGCCGGGAUAUAUGUAUUUAUCCCAGCUGCAGCAAGAUCGUGAUGUGGUUGCACAGCUUGAGUCUAUACAACAUAUGGCUGCACAACGAGAGCAUGCCCUGAUAUCGAGUAUCUUUGUUCGGACAAUACUAGAUCGUCGAUAUUUCCAUGGAAUUCGAACAGCAGCUACGAAGGCACUGGUCAAACAUGCCAAACAGGAAGUUGACUGGAUUGGCCUCUUUCACCUAGAAAAUGCUUUCCAGGAGCUAUACUGCCUCCCAAAUUCGUCUAUGGCUCGUUCGAAUGACUUUUCAGACCGAUCUUCAUACGCGGUGCAGUUGGCUCUUAUUGAAGCAAUUUCAGAAGUGCGGGAUGAAGAUGGUCGGACCCCAAUGAGAGUAAAGCAAUUCCUCUAUGAGAAGCUGAAAUUUAACGACAACUCCAACAAUGAGUAUUCCGAUUGCUUUUACAUAUCGACACUGCUCAAAUCCAUCUGCAACGCAUUGCUUGGUCGAAGAGAAAGCAGAUCCGACGAUGGCAAUUUCGAUAUUAACAAAGAAAUCGAACGUCAGGCGGAGGAACAGCUCGACAAGGACUGCAUUGCCGAGAUUGAUAGAUAUCGACGAAUCGAUGAAUGGGCUGGUUCGUUCAGAAAUAUCUUCUCAAGGACAUCACUCGAAUGCCAGAAACGACUUAUGAAGGCUAGAAUGCUUGAUGUCGACAUUGUCCAGUUUGCCCAAUACACACGCGCUGGAAUUUUGGAAGAACUGAGACUCAAGGCUUUUGAAAUUCUACUGGAGUUCAAAUUGUUUGAGCACCCAGAGCUCAUAACAUGGUACAUUUACAACAUGUCAGCGGAUCCCUCACCUUGGAUCCGACGGAACCUUUACCGCAUGUUCGGUGAAGCCCUCGCAACUAUUGCAUUUGGCAUGGAAUCAGAGACUUCUGGCUCCUUGGAAAGUAGCUCACUUGUUAUUGAGCAAGAAUCGUCAACCGAAGCUCGACAAAUCCAGUUGGCUAGAAGGCAAACGGUUCCUGGAGCUCUAGAUGCCUUAAAACAAGAACUUGGCUCAAAUAAAACCCUUAAAGAGGCACUAUGGGCAGCAUGUAACUCACCGCGAGCGAGUCUCGUAGAGUUAUGUGACUUCGUCUAUGCCGUUGGCGCCUUGUACCAUCCUGUUGAGCAAGCAUUGGUCCGCCUGAAGUACCCUCGCUACUGGAAAACACAGCACCUAGGAAACGGUAAAAUGAAAUUCUUCAAAUCCGGCUGCUUCCGCACCCGCCCAGUGGGCAGCACUACCGCGACUACAACAACUACAUCAAAGACCACAACCGCACCUGUGCCUACUCCCACCGUGAAGAGGAAGCGUGAACAAGAUACCAAUGGCACUCCUCAACCUCUCAGUCAUAAACUUACACUCAAGGUUCCUAAAUUGGGCACCUUAUGUUCCCCGUCACCACAACCGCCUCCCCCAUCUUCCGCCGUUAAGCCGAAGAUCAAGUUGAAGCUCAAAGCUAAGAGCUCAAACUUUUCUCCAAGUUCAUGA